AUGGAUCCAGAAUACGGCGAAACUGAGGCUCUGAACCGAGAUGAGAGUGGACCGGAGCGGACCCGGUCCAUCUAUGCACUAUCGAGGAGUGAAAUCACCAAAGGCGUCGCCAACCGCUUUGUCCAUUCACGAACAUAUAUCUUCUUAUACCUCGGCAUGGCCGUAUUGUCUGUUACCACCGUUAUCCUCAGUCUGACGGACGGCUGCCCUGGCCUCGCAUUCUACAUUCUCGAGGUCAUAAUCAACACCUCUAUGAUUCUGGAGGUUGGCAUUCGCUUCGUGGCAUUUGGAAGGCAAUUCUGGAAAUCCCCAUUCAACGUUGUGGACCUAAUAUUGACUGUAUUCUGCGCGUUGACUCUACUCGUGCUCGCUUUUGCCAAAUGUGGGACGGGGAGUAAGGAGGAGGAGCUGUUGGACACGUUUUUGCUUAUUGCACGCAACAUUCUGCAAUUUGGCCGCCUUGCGGCUGUGAUGCGACAGUCUGGCCAGUCAAUUUUUUCUCGGCCUAAGCCAAUUGACAUUAAUGCUGCUCGGAGGGCGGGAUUUCUGGAUCUCGAUGUUGACUCGGAGGAAGAGGAGGAAGAGCUUGUGCGGCCGCUGGUGAAUAACAAUACUCGCCAGCAGCCGGUGUUAUUUGACGCGAGGAGGGACGAGGGUGAACGUGAUCCUACAGACGUGUGGGCUGAAAUAGGGUAA